AUGUACAUAUUCUUCAACAUUUGUGAGAUCUCAUGUGCUCCUUCUUUGAUUAGCUUUGUGUGCAGAGGGACAGUUGCGGGCUUUGAAAUGAAUACCUUUUCACAUGUUCCCCCGGGCUUUAGGUUCCACCCAACAGAUGAAGAACUUGUUGAUUAUUAUCUGAGGAAAAAGAUCGCUUCCAAACGAAUUGAUCUGGAUGUCAUCAAAGAUGUUGAUCUUUACAGGAUUGAGCCAUGGGAUCUCCAAGAGUUGUGCAAGAUCGGAACUGAAGAACAAAAUGAGUGGUACUUCUUUAGCCACAAGGAUAAGAAGUAUCCAACUGGAACUCGGACCAACCGAGCUACAAAGGCUGGGUUCUGGAAAGCCACAGGUAGAGACAAGGCUAUAUAUUGUCGACAUAGCUUGGUUGGGAUGCGAAAGACUUUGGUCUUUUACAAAGGAAGAGCUCCUAAUGGGCAGAAAUCAGAUUGGAUCAUGCAUGAGUAUCGACUCGAGACAAAUGAGAAUGGAGCUCCUCAGGCAAAAGGAUGGGUCGUUUGCAGGGUGUUCAAGAAGCGACUACCCACAAUUAGGCGAAUAGGAGAGUAUGAAUCACCAUGUUGGUAUGAUGAUCAAGUUUCUUUCAUGCAAGAGCUUGAUUCUCCUCGACAGAUUCCUCAUCACCAACAUCAACAACCUUAUCUAUCACCAUCAUCCUCUUAUCUUCAUCACCAGCAUCAGCGUUACUUGCACUGCAAGCAAGAGGUGGAUCAGUUGCAAUACAACAUGUCUCAAAACCAUCAUCAACACCACCACAACCUCGAGUCUUUCCUCCAGCUUCCCCAACUCGAAAGCCCUAAACUACCAAGCAAUGCAAACUGCAACAACUCAUCUUCAUCUAUGGUUCCCAACUACUCCUAUGAAAAGAACAAUGUGACUCUACUCCUGCAAGAGGAACUACACACCCAACAAAGUCAUCAACAACAUCAUCAUCACUUGAGUUCUGUUUACAAUAGCAACGCGACAGAUGAUCAAGAGCAAGCAGUGGCAACCGAUUGGAGAGUUCUUGACAAGUUUGUUGCAUCUCAGUUGAGCCAUGAAGUUGCUAGUGCUUCCAAGGAAGCUAAUAACAACAACAACUACCCAAACACCCCAUCAUCUUCAUCCUCCUUUCAAGUGGCUGAUGAGCAACAUAUGAAUGUUGCUACCAAUGAUGACUCCAAGAGGUCAGAAAUGCUGCAUGAGUAUGCCUCAACAUUGACCUCUGACAGCCAGAUUGAUCUUUGGAAGUGAUCAUGUAUUACAUAAUAAGCACAUAUAAAGCAUAUACAUUACCAGAAGACUGGACCAGAUGGAUGCAUACUAAUAUAACUACAGACUAUUACCAUAUAUAUACCUAUGCAAGGAAGAGAAGUCGAUCUCUUGAUCCUAUGCCAAGUUCUUCUUGUACAUAAAGGAGAGGGACGCAGAAGCAAGCUACAUAUAUAGUAAGCGUGCAUAUAUGGCUACUUAUAUGAUUUGGACAUAUAGAGUGUGCCAUUUGGUAUUUGAUUCAUUAAUGUUAUGAACUAAAGUAUAUAUA